UAGCGUCGCAAUGGCAGAGCAAAUUGCCGGUAUUGCCGUCACGUCAAAGCGUCUAGAGCAAUGAUGUAACGAUGAAGUAAGUCUUACAUGUACACCUGUGAAGGAGAAGACUAGACAGAGUCUGACUUAAAGGCCACAUUUAAAUCCAAUUUGGAAAUUUCUAACAAGUCGUGUGAAAAGUCAGAAGAAGGUUGCCGAAGUCAGAGCUAACAUUGCAUUGCUGGAGAAAUUGCGUGUACAGACUCCUGUUAAUAAUCAAAGAACCAGUGCUCUUGAUGAGAUAACGGCCAUUUGGUCCAGAAAGAAACAGCUGGAACAAGACAUAUCCAGGAUGAGAGCGGAUAUAAUUGCUACAGGAUACAAUCACUGAGUGUAGUUCUCAUACAAGGACAGCAAUACAGGCAGACCUCAUUAUUCCGCCUACGUUUGUCUCACUGGUUUCUGUCGGACUAAUGCGACUGUUGGAUUAUCGGUAACAAAUACACAGUGAGUAUGUACUCUCACGUGUAGCUUUGUUGGAAAGUGAGGGUGUCAGAAUAAUGAGAGAAUGACUAGGAGAUUCAGCCCAUGAAACUGGAGGAACUUCAGUUGCAGAGUACUUUGCUAUCAGCACACUCGGCAGCUCGUCAACAACAAGCAAGGGUCUACAAUGAGUUCACUAAACGAAUUAAAGGUCGACAAGCUGCCAUGAAAGGACCCAGAGACAAAGAAGUAACGUAUUGCCAGUCAGAAUCUGUAACAACGCCUGGGAGAGUGAAGCUCGAGUCAACUUGCAUUAAACAAGUGAGAGACUUGUGUGAGUGUGUUGGAAAAUAUCUGUUGGAGCUGAAUGGCAGUAGAGAAGAUGAAUCGGAUGAAACAAGGAAAGAACUGCAAGACAAGAAAGAUCAAAUAUGGACAGAUUUAGAGCGAGAUUUGUCUCAGCAUCCAUUGCCUGAAGUGUUGCAAUCUUUGCUGGAGGUCAGUCACGCUGGUCGUCGAGAUGUAACCGAACAAACUAACAAAGUGAACAUCAGAAAAGAUGCCAAGAAUUUGAGAUUCAAGUAUGAAGGAUGCCUAGCUCAAAGACGUAUUGUUACUAAAACCCUACAUUUUAUGGAGUGUGUAAAUGAGCUAAUUAAGGGUUUGCAGUGUGAUCAUAUUUGCUGCUCUUUUGGAUCAUCAGGAAGCAGCGAAUGAGUUUUGGCGAAGAAGAGAAAGGCUACUGCAGUUAGAGAGGAAGCUUGAGGGGUUUGCAGUGUGAUCAUAUUCGCUGCUCUUUUGGAUCAUCAGGAAGCAGCGAAUGAGUUUUGGCGAGGAAGAGAAAGUUUACUGCAGUUAGAGAGGAAGCUUGAGGUGUGCUGAUGGAGCGUUUCACACGCUAAAGAAAGAGAACGAGCAACUGAAAAGGAUUGCUGAUCUCUCUCAAUCGUGUUCACAAUCCAAAGUCGAGAACACAAGGCUACAUGAGGAAAACAAACGACUGUCAUUGAAAGUGCAUGAGCUAGUGGAGGAGUUGAGCAUAAAGGAGGCCGAAUGGUGUGAAAAGGAAGAAAAAUUGAAACUAAAAGUAUUAAGGCAUCCGCUCGAUUAAUUAAGUGUUGCUGUAUAAAUUAUUAGAUUAUUUUUUAAUACAAUUUACAUAACGAAGGAAAGUUUGGUUGGCAAUUUGUUUUUACAUAGCUUAUUUGACAAUUAAAGUUAGUGUAUUGAACAUGGCAUUGAUUUUUCGGAUCAGGUCAGACCAGUUAAAUUUCUUGAUGCUCAGAUUUGCCGGUUGAACAAAAUAAAAAUAAAAUUUGAUGUUUACAUGCGCAAUGGCGCUUGCUGUA